GCGUCCUGUUGCUAUGUAUGCUGUUUAUCUCGGGGGUACUCAGCUCCACGGAUGCCAGCUGGUCCGGAGCUAAUAGAUGCGCUGAAAUGGUGAUCGCUCAAUAAUUGGAGGGAGGCGCAGCAACGUUGAAUACGAAAAACGGGUCGUAAAUAGAUCGUAGAUGGAAUCUAUCAGGUUAGCAACCAACAGACGGAAGGGUAGAUUAUUUGAACAAAGGACCCGAAACACGGCCAGACAUGCGACGCGGACGCGACAUUUGAGACGCAGGUACACACAGCAGUCGACGUCAGCGGCUCAUGAAACCUGCCUGUUAGCUCCCGCUGUAGUGUUAGCCAAGCAAUCAACAUGGGCUGCGCUACUCCAGUCAAGCACUGUGACUUUGUUCUUGCGAGACCUCGCGGAUGGAUGCAUGCGUGAUCAGUGAAGGGGCGGUGGGCUCGCGAUCGGUGGUGUUGACGUGGUGCGAGCCGUGUCUCAGCCGG